AUGUCGCAGAAACCGCGAAAGCUUCAGCGCAUCUCAAGAGCCUGCGAUUUUUGCAAUAGACGCGGCAUCAAAUGCCGCCAAAACGAGGACCCGCUAGGUCGCUGUCAGAAUUGUGCGGACUUCGAUGUUCCAUGCACCUUUGAUCGCCCCGCAAAACGCCGGGGCGUCAAGGCUGGGUCUCUAGUGAGUGGUCGCGAUACUCAGUACGCGAGGGUAUCAGGCGACCAUGGUAUUCCCGCGCCUGCAGCGACUGCGAGUGGCGAAAGAGCCUCUGGCUCAUCGAUUUCUCGCAGUUCGUAUCGUCCAUCGAUCUCCGGCGAUCUCUGGUCUACCUUUGACUAUGGCUGGUCCACAGCCGAGAGUGAUGACGGCGAUGUGACACUGCACAAUUCUUGGAAAGUAUUUGCCAUUGCCUGUGACCGGCAAAUAAAAAAAUUAGUCCAGGUGUAUUUCGAGACCGUCUAUCCAAUAUUUCCCUUGUUCCACAUGCCGUCAUUCAUUGAGCGGAUCAACAGCAAGGAGCACCUCCGCAACCAAGGGCUCUUUGCGUCCACGAUGGCUGUUUGCUCUUUGGCCUCCGGUCGUGCCCGUGACGGUGCGCUGUACUGUAAUCGGUGGCAGCGAGAAGAUCUAAUAGAUCCACCCUCCGAGGCUUUCUUUGCUGCUGCUCGAGACUCGAUUCCUCGGGACCUUAUCGCAGCCAAAGGCAUUCACUACAUGCGCGCGUGUGCUAUGCUUGCUAUAGCCAGCAUCCAAAACGGCCAGAUCAAAAAUAUGCAGAAGUAUUCCGGCUUAUACCACACCUUGAUUUCGAUGGAUGGCCUCUAUGAUGAAAAGCUCUGGCCAAAGGUCUUGAGUCCGAUUGAGACGGAGGAGCGGCGGCGGCUUUUUUGGUCUAUCUACACGCUGGACGUAUAUUCGACUGUUGUGUGGGGAGGCGUUAUUCGAUAUCGUGAGGCCCAUUCCUUGGUGCGUUAUCCUACCGAAGUAGACGACGAAUUUAUCACAAUUCACGGCUAUGGCGUGCCGACUUUAUCACCGGAAACGAAUUCGCUUUCCUCCAGCAACGUGACCAUCGUUUCUCGCCAGCCCGUGGCCUGGCUGCGUGGUUGGAACUUCACCACAGACCUCUACCGUAUUCUUGAGUAUGUGGUCGAUGGCAAUAGGCGUCGCUUCUCGUCAGCUAACGGGACAACACAAGUGUGGUCACUAUUUGAUCCAAUAUCCAUAUCAGAGUCGGCGGUCAUGGAUCGAGUCUUGACUAUGUACUCCGCACUCCCAUCGCAGUUUCGCGAGACGCCGCCAAUGACAGGAGACAUGUCUAAGGACUUAUUCGGGUUUCAGUCAGCCAAUAUUCAGGCGACGCUACAACUCCUUCGAAUGGUGCUUUUGUCUGCUGAGGGAAUUGGGGUGGAGCGAAAAUGUGAUGUCGCGGGUGAAGUACUUAACGUAUUUUCGAAUGUGCCCAUCGAGUACUUGAAAGCGAUCAGCUCCCCUUUGCUCCAUCACCUUGGCGGAAUUGGCUACAUCCUCGGCUCUGUCAUAGAAGGGAGUUUGUCCGAAGCAUCCUACACACGAGUUCGCACAUUACUUCUUGAAAUGGCCGAUCUCUUACAACGUCUCGAAACGGGCUCACAAAGAGCCUCUGACGCUGGUGAACGACUGCGGGCCCAGGUUGAUCGAAUAGACUGUUACAUGCGGACCUCACUUCUGCUAGACAUUUCCGCAACAAGUAACGCGAUGCCAGUCAUCAACGGAAUACCAGAAGCCGCUAUCCCGUCAGCGUAUGCACAGAACGCCUCCGCAAUCAGAACCACGCCUGGUGCUGGCGUCGAUCAGAUGUCUCAGUUUCAGCUACCACCAGAACUGCUCACGGAUUGGCCAUGGCCGUUGGAUUCUUAUAAUACGGAGGGAUUUCUGCCUUUGGCCUUCGAUUAG